AACAUGGCGGCAUCUAUGAACUCACAAAUAACUACAGAGUCACUAAUCAUACGUUUGCAUGAUGUAAACGUUGUGAAGUUUGGAGAUUUCACACUGAAAAGUGGCAUUCAGUCGCCAAUUUACUUUGAUUUAAGGGUUAUGAUAUCAUACCCUGAAAUAAUGGUGAGACUCGUAAAACUAAAUGAAGCACUUUGACUUUGUCUGUGUAAACUGUGGUGAGACUCCUAAAACUAAAUGAAGCACCUUGACUUUGUCUGUGUAAACUGUGUACUUUGUACUUAACUUUGUCAAAGCCACUUUGAACUUUGUUUGACUUGAUUAAGUUAAGUUAUUAAGUUCCUUAUUAUUUCAUUUUAGCGGAAUAAAUUUCAUUUCCAUAAUUAUUUUAAAAAAAAAAAUAAUAAGGUAAUCUACCACUUGAGCCUCGGCCAAGAAAAAAUCCAGCUGUUCCGGUUGGAAAGGCUAUUUAAACAACUAUUCUUAUAUUAUUUUUAAUGACAUUGGUUGUACGUAUUCAUUCCCAUAUUACAAUAUUUUUUAAAAAGAAAAACUAUAACAAUUUGUUUGAAAUAGAAGAUAAUGUGUGAAAAUGGAAUUAUUAAUUAUGCAUAGUUCUCCCCCAAGUUGACAAUAAAGUUUAAAAAAAAUAUAAUUAUAAUUUCCACGAAAACGGUUGUGGUACAUGAAUCCAGGUAUUUAUGAAGGGGAAAGAUAACCGGCGCUUCUUGUGCCAAACUGUCUUUUCAGUUUACAAGUUUCUGAGCAUUCAUGUUUUCCACAUUCUGUGUGUGGACAUCCGCGUUAUCUGGAUAAAAAAAAAUAAUUGUUGUCACUUUUUCUUCCUGGCAUAUUGGUAGCUUGGCAGUAAUAAUUAUUUAAAUGUGUUAGUAUUGUGCUAUAUUACUUUAUAGCCUCUAUAUGGAAGCAAAAAUAUUAACAGACUCCAAUGUUAGGAUAGUUGUUUAAAUAGCCCUUCCAACCGGGACAACUGGAUUUUUUCUUGGCCGACGCUCAAGUGGUAGAUUACCAAUAAUAAACUUAUAAGUUAUUUCGGCUAAUGCCUAGUUUUUUUACCCCAUGACAUCAUUGCGUGUUUAUUUAAUUUUUGAGCAGGAGUCAUUCCCCUUUGUUUAUUUAAUUGUUAAUUUUCAUUGGAUGAAUAUUUUAAUAAAUAACUGGUUGGAACAAGAUUUCAUGUGAAUAAUUAACGAAGAUGAUUGUGUGGCGAAUUAAUAUUUUAAUAACCGAUUGGAACAAGUUUUCAUGUGAAUAAUUAACGAAGAUUAAAAGAAAAGUUAAAUUUUAUGUUUUUAAAAGUUAAAUUUUAUGUAUUUCGGAAAUGCUCAGAGUUUGGAAAUGUUUGAAUGUUAGAAAUAUUGGUAAAUUCAGAGAAAGCGGCCCGAGUCUAUUUCCAUGGCCACCAUCUUGGUUGCCUCGACCCGCGCACUUUUACGUGUUCACGGGUCGAGGCAACCAAGAUGGCGGCCAUGGAAAAAUAAAAUAACUCAUGUUUGCUAAAAUUAGGAAGAAAACGUUAAAAAUGUAUGAAAAAAAUGUGUUAAAUCGAUCCCUAUGCUUAACCCGAACCCUAAAUUACUAAAUCUAUCCCUAUGCCUAACCCGAACCCUAAGUCACUAAAUCCAUCCCUAUGCCUAACCCGAAUCCUAACUCACUAAAUCUAUCCCUAUGCCUAACCCGAACCCUAAAUUACUAAAUCUAUCCCUAUACCUAACCCGAACCCUAAAUCACUAAAUCUAUCCCUAUGCCUAACCCAAACCCUAAAUCAAAGUCGAUCCCUAAAUCCUACGCCUAAAGCCCUAGUAAACACACAUGGAAUUUACGUAAUGUGGCAAGAAAAUGAUAAAAAUUUAAAAAAAAAUGCCCAAAAUAAUUAUAACAUAAAGAAAUGAUGAAAAUCCAACUUACAGUUUCAUGACAUACACUUUUACACACUUUAUUUCAGGUUCCAACGCAAAUAUAGCCACAAAAUGAAUAAAUCUCCACACCCCACAGGCACCCCAAAGAUAUCAAAGAUGGCGCAACCAAAUAAAAAUGAUAAUGAGCCAACCAAUCAAAAUUUUAAAAUUAUAAUUAAUCAACCAAUAAAAUUUUAAUUCCGAAAAUGUAACUUUUUUAACAAAAAAAUAUAAAAAAAUAAGGGGAGUGAAUCCAAAACAAAGUCGUUGUGGGCCGCUAAAUCUGAAAUAAAUAUUAAUUAUUGUUAGAGAAAUUAAUUUUCUUAUAGGGUACUUAAAAAUUAUGUGUAUAUAGAAAGGAGGGCGAAAGGAGUGUUUAAACAUUAUGUCACUUGUCGUCUUCUUUGAUGUGUCUGGCGGCGGUAAGUUUGAAAUUCGCUAUUUUUGCGUAUAAAAUUUGGUUUGUAAAUUUCUUCUUCAGUUUAGACCCCCCCUCCCCGACUUUAAAUACCAAAUUCAGAAAGAAAUAAAUUAUCUGGGGAGGGUAGACCCCUCCCCAGGACCCCUCCCCAAAACCUAAAUGAAUGAAAUAGUGAAACGAGGUAUGUGGAAGCUUGAAAUAAGGUAACAGGACAAAAAACAAGGACGUUGCGGCAUAAAGCCUUCCUCAGCCAACAAUAGAAAUGAAAAUAUAACAAAGAAAAGAACACAGUAGAAAACUCAAGCAGUAUUCAUUCGUCUCUCUACAUAGCUUGAAAGCAGUCCCUUCAUUUAUUCCAAAACCUAAAGCCACAAUUAAUAACACAUGGAGUUUACACACUGUGGCAGUGGCCAUAAAACUAUGAAAAUGAACAAAAACCAACAAAAAAGUGGCCAAAAAUAUUUAUUAAGUAUGAAAUAAUUAAAACCCAACUUACAGUUUCAUGAAAUACACUUGUACACACUUAAAUUUCACGUUCCAAAGAAAAUAACAUGCACAAAUGAAUAGAGCGCAACAGCGUACCACAGCCGACAUUGGGCUAACGUGCUGAAAAGAUGGUGGCGCAAAUAAAAUAUGAUAAUUAGCCAACCAAUGAUAAUUGAAAAUUAUAAAUAUUCAAGCAACAAAAGGGAACAUUUAAUUGUUUUUAAACAUUUUUCAAAAAUGUUAAAAAACACAAUUUUUUGACGACUUUUUUGCUUUUUCAGAAUUUUUUUUUUUCCAAUUUCUUAAAAUUUUACAUUUUCUUGAAACGCACUUUUACAAAAUGCUAUAAAUUUGCGUGUUCUUCCUUUUUUCUCAUUUCAAUUUUCGUGUGAAAUUACUUAUUUUUCUAUAUUUCUGUAAGUAGUUGAUAAAACACAUUCUCCCCAAACAUCUUUGCACUACUUUUUUAUUUUUUUUAUUUUUACUCGCCCGCCAUCUUGGUUGACAUGGUUUGUGACGUUCUCACGGAUCAUGUAAACAAAGAUGGCGACCGCCAUGAUGGGAAACCCCGGAGCGAUGACUAUGCAUUUACCGUUAUUUCAUUAUUAAAAGUAUUUGUGGUAAUUGGCGGCAGUAACCCUUGCUACACUGCUGAGACACUCUUCUUCAUCCAUACCUGCUAACUCUAACAUAAUCCCUGGUCCAAUCUUGUUUUCAUAAUCUGCUCAUUAUGAGGACACAUGACGUGUCAACCAACGCUUAGACAUUUGGCGCAUGUUAGUGGAAUUCUAUUACUAUUAUGUAGCAGAGUCUCACGCUUCGCAUCUUUUGCCCGGCCCUUCUUCUCUAGUCAGCUGCUUACCAGGACGAUGUGGUUCUUUGACACAUUAAUGGAAUGAAAAACACGCAGGCAUAGCGGGAGCAACGUAGUCUCCAGGGCCUUGCCAUGUUUCUGUUUUGCUUCCCCGUGUAUUGGUGUACGGUGGUACCUAAGCCUAAAGGCAGAUUUCUGAUAAUUAAUGCUGCAUAACCUUGAUGGUGAGUGUCCCCUAUGGUGACUGGUUAAGUAAGCCCGCGACAAGUCACCAUAAGACAUCUGAACAAUGGACAAGUGAACCAGAGAACAAGUAAACCAAUGGACAAGUGAACAUGCAAAAAAGUAACAUAGACAAAUAAACCCACAAACAACUGGGGAGCCGACAGGUCGAACGAGAAAAAAAAAUUGUUAUGUUUUGCAUUUUCGGACCUACCCUAGGAGACGGAAACCAUUUGAUGAAUUAUUCCUGAAAUUUCCUGUUUUCUGGAUUUUUAGUUUGGCAUGCUCGGGAGUCAUUUCCGAUCACCGUGCACGACUUUGGAGUGUCCCCAAAGUCAGGCUGACACAAGCUGGAUGAGUUGGGAUUUUGCUGAAUUUUCGGCAAGUCAGUCAACGUUGGUGCCCUAAUUCUUUUGCAGGAAAAAAUAUAAAAAUGUAUGGUGAAUCAAAAGAUGUUCUUGAGUUUACAGUUUUGGGUCUGGUAUUCUCAAUAGUUGUUUCCAAUGCUUGUUCCCGACAGCGCAUGUGCACCCAAAAUGGGUAGACGUGAGUUUGGACUAGGCCAUGGGACUUAGCUGUUUUGCUAAUUUGUCAGUUGGCUAUGUGCUCACUUGUGCGUGUGGCUAAUUGUCUGUCUGGUCACUUGUUUGUGCAUUGACUUGUCAGUUGGUUCACCUGUCCUUUGUUCAGUAGUGUAGGAAGCGUUCACUGCAUUGGUCUGAACUCAAUUUCUAAUCCUCCCUCCCGCAAGGCUUCAAGGGACCAUCUGGUAACUCCGAACACAUUGAGGGGGGAGAGGCGCAAUGCCAACUAUCAGUUUCAGUAUAUUACAACCAUUGGCCAAAGAUUGCCAAUUAAUAUAUACAAAGUUGAAAAUCCAUUAGAAAAUAGAAGAAACACUUGAGUUUAAACAUUAUAAAACAAUAUUUUAAAACUUGCCUUGUUCCUACUAGUAUAAAAAUUUAUGGCUUAGGUUACAUCAAUCAUGUACAUUAUCAUGUAAUCCUACUGUAAGCUGACGCCUCUGAGUCUAUUAUUUUCAACUUACUUUUACCAUAUGCAUAUUGCUUUUUUCUUUGAGACAGUGAAAAUACUGAAAAAGUGAAAAAAAUCUGGCCACACAUCGGCUGCAUAGACAAUCAACAAACUGAUCGAUUGACUGAUUUUUAAAGCCCACAUUUAAUAUUAAAAAUCCCUGUUAAAACAAAUGACAAUACACAACAAACUAAUUGUAAAACAAUAAAUAUAUGUUAUAGUAACAGUUGAAAUGUUUUAAUGUAGUUCCAUCAUCAUCAGGUGAACUUAUCGAUUGACUGAUUUUUAAAAUACAUGUUUAAUAUUAAAAACCUUUAUUUAAACCAAUCACAAUACACAACAGACUAAUUGUAAAACAAUAAAUAUAUGUUAUAGUAACAUUUACAAUUUUUAAAUUUAGUUCCAUCAGAUAAAUAGGAAGUUGUUAAUUUAUUUCACUAAAAAUAAUUAAUAGCGCUAAAAUUAGGAAUUACUGACUUAGUUACUUAGUUUGACCAGUGACCCUGUAAGCAAUUUUUAAUAUUUUCCGGUUGGGUGUGAGAACAAUUAAAAGAACCAACACAUGAGCAUCCAACAUCAGACCAGGUUACUCUUAUAAUUUUGGCAUACAAUCUAUGAUUUUGAUGUGUCUUUUACAAUUGUAGACCAAGACCUGUCAGAACUAUGAUUUUAGAGACAGUAGGCACUUUGACAGAAACGUUAAAUAUUGUCCUGUUGACUAUUGCCGUAAAUGACAUCAUUUUAAAGUUUAAAGGGCUAACUAUAAGCUUUAUAAAAACACCAAAUUUAACUUUCUAGUUUUUCCACAAACAGAAUUAUAAUGCCAGGAAUAAGCAAUACUAACUUCCGAAUUGACAAGGAGAUAAGCAAACAAUCAGUUCGCCAAUGUUACUUCAUUCCUGAUUCAUGUCUGAAAUGAAUUUCAGUACCUUAAAAAAUGAAAAAAAUAUCUACUAUCAAAUGAAAACAACACAAAUCAAAUGUUUUAAGAAAAUGCUCAACAAUAAAAAAUUAUCUUGUUAUUUUUCAUGAAAUUAAUAAAAAGAACAUAAGAGUAAUCAAGUCUCAAAGUUAAUUGUUUUACAUGUAUUAUGUGGGGAAACAAAAGCCACACAUUAUGGUAUCUUUCUAGCUGCCUCUUAGAAGUUUUAAGUUUAAGCCAUGUGUCUCCUCGCAUUCAAAUUUGCAUUCCCAUCAGGGGCAUUUCUAGGGUCUGUGCCAACCGUGGUGGGCCAGGAUAUUUUUACGUUAAAAUCUGCGUUUGGCAGAAAACGACACCGUUCCAGGAAAAGAAAUAAUGUUAUCAGAGGCAGACUUCCCCCUCCACACCCCUAUUUCAAUGUCACUGAUUCGGAUGCUCUUUUUUUUUUUUUAUAAUAUGCACACAAAAAACAUAAAAAUAAUACUAAUCAAUCCUACUAAACAACAGAGAAAUCAAUACAGAGAUAUAGCCAAGUUAUCUUUACCAUCUAAAGAAUUAAUGAUGCCGACCUCAGCACAGUAAUUCAACAUUGUCGAAAGAUAGAAGUGUCUACAUCAGUUGAUUUACAGUUUAAGAACUUAUUUAUAAAAUAUUCUUGUUGGUUGUGCACAAUUCACAAAAAUAAAACAGUGCUUGUUCAAAUGCAAUGCAAAACAAAUAAUAGUGACAUCAAAACACAAACCGAAAAUACCAUGAUAAAAAAAGCAUGGCUUUUAUAUAUGGUUCAGACUUAGGUCAUUUUAGGCCCCUUAGACUAUAAGAGGAUUCACUAAGAAAAAUUUUAACUUCAUAGGGCUUGUUGUUUUUGAGAUCUCAUGUACAGUGAAUGAGUCUGUCAGUAAGUCAAUGGUAUUUGACUUUUAUAUGUAUGGAUUUCUAAAAGCACACAGUUUCAAAAGGUCAUCAAAGAAAAAUAACAAUAAAAAUUUCUCAAUAAAUUACCAAAACACGUUCACGUCACAAACCAAAAAUUCCAAAGUAUAAACCAAAACACACAGAACACAAAUCAAUAAUAACCAUGUUUUGGACUUGGUCAUUUUAGGCCACUUAAAAGUUGAAUUUUAACAAAAAACUUUUCUGUACACGAGCAUAUGGGCUAUCUCAAUGGAAAAAAUCAACUUCAUAGGGCUUGUUGUUCUUGAGAUCUUAUGGUGAGCGAGUGAGUGGUAUUUGGCUUUUAUGUAUAUAGAUUUAAUACAGUGGCGUAUGGAUUGCACCAUGAGGUGGUUUGGGGGCCUUUAGACUUGGACUUAUUGAGUUAUUGGUUAUUGUCAUGCUUAGCUUUUCUUUGUUUGUGCAUUUCACAAUGCUAUAUUGUCUUCUUAACUGGAUAGUAAUGUUGUAUAACUCAAUCAUAAUUUCAGUAAAAAUAAUAAAAAAUUCUCUGUAAUCAGGUGGAUGUGGCUACCCUGCUUUGGAACAAGGUGAAAUCAAGUAGUUUCAAGACAAUUUGUGGAGUACCGUACACCGCUCUUCCAAUAGCUACUGUAAGCAUUGUAUAUAUGUAUGCGCUUGGAUCUAGUACCUACAUGAUUUAGAAGGUUGUCUUAUGGUUAAUUUUUUUUCUUAUACUUUUGUUAGUAAAUUAAUUUAAAGAGUUUAAAAACAAAUUUUUAGUUUUGAUAACUUUGGUUUUUACUUUUACAUCUAGCUGAUGUCUACAGCACAUCAGAUCCCUAUGCUAAUACGUCGAAAGGAAGCAAAAAGCUAUGGGACCAAAAAAUUGAUAGAAGGUAUUUAUGAGGAUGGAGACGUCUGCCUUGUUGUUGAAGAUGUAGUAUCCAGUGGUUCCAGUAUUUUAGAGACAGCACAGGUAUUUGAGUAUAAGUAUAAAACAUAGUUUGAAUCAAUUUAAAUGUGUAACUGAGUUUUCCCCAACCUUUUUGGAAUCCUUUACUUUCCAACAAUAUUUUUUAAAGAAGUUUAAAGAAAAUUUUUAAAAUACAUUUUUUUCUUUUAUUAUUUUUAAAAAUAUUUUGAAAAAAAACUUAACAUUGAAUCAGUAUGAAAAAAUUCUUGUCAAUUGCUAGUCUUUCAAAUUGAGGAUUGUAGAGCAUGGUGUAUGGUGACAGCUCUAAAAUUUUAACUCUUUAUGGUCAAUAAGUAUAAAAUUAUAUAAUAAUACCUUAUGAUAACAAUUUUUAAGGGGUUCUCAGUUAUGAAAAUGAGUGUUCAGUACACAGCUUAUAAGAAAAUUAUUUAUAUUUGAAUGAUACAUUCAAAGAAGAAUUUUGAAAUGUAAAAAUAAUAUAUAUAUAUUACCUAUUCAUAAAAUAUUUUAAAAUUGAUUAAGAGAUGAUAUGUUUCAUAAUUACACAGGCCCUUCAGUCAUCAGGCAUCAUUGUGAAAGAGGCUGUUGUUUUGUUAAAUAGGGAACAAGGUGGUUGUGAGAAACUUGCAAGUGAAGGCAUAAAACUGCACAGGUUUGAGUAAUUUUAUUCAAAGCUUUAAAAUAAUUUUAUUAGCCAUUGAAUCCAAAGCAUACUACUAGGUAUAUGAAGUAAACUGAGGCACAGGUAUCAUGUACAACUUUAAAUGGGUUUUUUAACAUUAGAAGAUUCUUAACUUUUCCUUUAAAAAUAUAUCAUAUUUUGAUAUAAUGAUAAUAAUAAUAAUAAGAGGUCUUAUAUAGCUCGGUACCCCAGCCUAGGGCUGGGCUCACCGCGCUGUACAUAAAAAUUUUAUCAAAAGAGACAUAAUCAUGAAAUUAUAAUAAAAUACAUUUAUGAAAUAAAGAACAGCAAUGUAUAUUCACCCACCCCACCACAUAACUUUUACAAGGCAAACGAUGGGUGGCAGCCAGCAAGAUCGUUUAUCGGUCAGAGGAGGGGAAUCAGUCAGGGUAUUUAUAGCUUUCAAAUAAAUUCACAUAUCAUACAGAUCCUUAAUAUUGUACAUUUUUGUUUCAAGCAUAUUCACAAUGGGUGAUGUUCUCAGAGUGCUCAGAGAGGCUGGAAAAAUGUCCCCUGAAAUGGUAGAAAGAGUGUCUGACUACAUCUUGAAGAAUACAUUUCAACCAAAUCAGCUUGCCCCAAAGCCAAAGGUUUCUUUUAUAAAAUGAAUUAUGAUUUUAACUAUUACCUUUAUGGGUAAAUCCGUCAGGUUUCUAAAAAAUAAAUAUUGAAAUUCGAUCAAUAUAAUUAAUUUUAAAUAAUUGACAUUAAUUAUUUUUAAAAUAUUGUUUUGAUAGGUUCUUGGUUAUAGAGAACGUGCAAAGUUGUGCAGUAAUCCAAUCACUCAAAGACUGUUUGAAAUAAUGGAGAAAAAGCGGACUAACUUGGCAUUGUCAGCUGACCUUACUGAUUCUAAACAAUUGCUGCAGGUAUUUUUCCAAAUCUUUUAUUAUCCGCCUUCAUCUGCUAUCUGCUAUUCACCAAAUAGCAUGUGACAUUGACAUGAUGAUAUUUAUAAAAGAAAUAGUGACUCUUUAAUGAUACAAACCUCAACUGACCCCAUUCAGUGUAUGGUAUUUACCAGUACUUAAAGCUCCCAUAGGGACUACAGGAGUAAUUAAGCACUGUGUAAAAUUCAUACAACACAAACACAGUGUCAAAAACACAGUUACAAGUGAUUAAACGUUUUAAAGGGAAGUGUGGGUGAGAAAUUAACAAAAAAUUCAAAUUUAUAAGUUUUUUAAAAAUCUUUUUUUUUUUUGGAAACAUAAAUAAUAAUAAAUCCCCCUCCCCAGUUAUAAAUUAUAUUAAAAGGUAAUUAUCCUGACCCUGUCUAAAAGCAGAAAAUCAUAAUGGCCCUAUUUAGUCCCAUUUUUACCCCUUUAGAUUAUUUCGAAUUGCCCAACCUGGAAGGCUGGUUAUUUCCCCUUUUAGAUAUAUAUAGAUUUUUGUCACUACAAAAUCUAACAAAAGCAGCCAAAUCUUUCGAUCGCCUGUAUAUUCUAGAAAAAUGUGAUAUUUUCCUAUCCUAAUUUGUAUCACAUGAUUCUGCCAUGACUUUUUAUAAAGCCAAGCAUUUUAAUUGGUUACUUGUCAGAAGAAAUCUUUGAUUUCGCUAGACCUAGUAAUAGCUAUUUCUUGAACAAACACUAGUCAUCACAAUUGCUACCAGAUGGCACUGAUUUCAAUAAAUAAAAUUGCUGAUAACUAUGCUAAAUGAGAUUCUUAAAAAUACAGCAUUAUAUAUAUGCUUAAUAUUUUCUUUUGUUUUAUGGAAAUAGUUAAUAAUAGUGUAAUAAAUCUGCAGUAUAAAAGCGGGUGGGACAUUAGAAUAUUAAUAGUUCUGUGACCGUGGCGUAGGUGGGGGGGAAGGGUGGGUUAGCUCUAACUUGGAAUCUUAUAAAGUGCAUUACUUGAAUGCUUGUUUUGUCAAAUAACUUUUGUAGAUGGGCAUGUCAUGCAUUGCAGCCCCCAUUGUUUGUUGGGGUAUAGAUAGUUUAUAAUAUUUUAGUUCUCUUUGGCAAAUAAAAUGAUGUGGCAAGAAACAAAUGAAGUAAACAAGUAUAUACCCAGUAAAUGGGAUACCGAACAUAUUCUUUUCUUUAAAUAUGCAAGGAAAAAAUAGACGAUUCAUUUUACUUCAUCAUGACAGUCAUGUUAACCAGUCAGUGAUACAGUCUUAGUAACACUCAGUCCAGUUUCACAUUUCAUCCACCACUACUUUACUGGCAGGGAGAUGAUUUAUGAAUUGGAAAUUUCCAUGCCAAUAUUAACGGUAAGUUGUUGCUGAUAUUACUUUUCCUUCACCCAGAUUAAUAUUGAAAUUAAAUUUUAUUCAUAUAUGUAGUUUUAGGCCUAGGCAGCAUGGUGGUUAAAGCCUGUCUGACUAUUGACCAUGCGGUAGGCUGAGGUUAUAGGUUAGAAGUAGUAAUGAUAAAACCUAAUAGAGUAAAUCUAAUAGUAUGGUGAUAUUCUUAGUAAAAUUUUCCUAAAGCAAUAAAAGCCUGACAAGUGUUUUUUAAAAUCUUUGUAAGGAGACCAAUUACUAAUACCAAUGGGUGUCGUGCUGAAGUAAAAGAUUAGUCAUUAGAGUCUUAAUGUAGAGGCCUACACAAUUUUUUGUCCAUGCCAUUUUACAUUCAGACAUAUCAUUAUCAUUAAUUUAUAUUUUAUUAUUUGCAGAUUAGGAGAUAUUUACUAGAAAUAACUAACUACUAUAUUAAUUUUUCCAGGAAUGAUUGAGGUGAUGCGUCAAGCAUAAUGAGAAUGCAGGUCUUGCAACAUAAUUAUAAUUCCUGAUGGGGGUGUCAUCAAAACUUCAGUAAUAUGUAUUGCCCUGAUGUGCACGUGAAAAAAACUAACUUUUUGUUCCCAAUGUUACACUGGUUGGUACAACAUGCAUUUGGAUGCAUCCUUAGGUGGAGGAGGAAGGAGAAGUCUAACACAUAAUGCCAUCACAAGGCUUAUCAUGUACUUUUCAGGGAUAAAAGGAAUAAGAAUGCAGUUGAAAGGAGCAUUUUAAUAAUUUCCUUGCUUCAGUAUUGUAUCCCUACAUAAAGAUUUGCCACAUGAUGAGUGUCAAAAUGGUGAAAACUAAUUACUUUGAAUUUACAAUAGAGUAAUUGCUCACAAUGAGUUCGUGACUUCCACAAAAAAAAACCUGUUACCAAGUUGUUGGAUAUUAAGUACAUGUUUCAACUACACAAAGUGACUAAGAUGGUGUAAAAAAGAAAGCAGAAAAAUAACCCCUGGCAAUAUUCAUUCGGUCAUUAGUAGUCAUAAUUGCAUUUUUCAGCCUACAUUUCCAAUCCAAAAUAACUGCUUGGGUCUGCAUUGUCACUUAGUUUAAAUGGUGAAAUGUAUGGCUUUGCACAAGGAUAUAUAAUGGUGAAAUUCUCCAAAAUAAGCCAAAUAUAAUUUUUUUAGCGAAAUUAUAAUAAAAGAUAGAAAAAUAAUUCAUUGCAAGGAAAAUUAGAGUGGCCAGGAAAAAAGACAAGAGGACUUGGGAAAGGAUUUGCUUCUGGAAAGUUUUAAGCCCAGUCUGAAAAUAAAUAUUUAAUUUUUCACAAUUUCCAUUGCUUUUUUCGUUUUUCUUCGUUCUUUCAGAUUUUUGUUCUUGUUAUUUUUUGUUAACAAUAUCCUUACAACUAUUUUACACAGUAUGUACAAUAACCAAUAAUAAACAUUAGAAUAACCCACAAUUAAGAUAACUAUUUUAGAAAAAGAAAAUGUUCAAAAGAGUUCAGUCACACAUUUUGUCCCCCCAAAAAGUAACUUUUUGUACCCCUGUAGAUCUAUAACUAGGUAUUAAAUCAAAAUUUCCUUUUAUAUUCAAAAUGUUAUUAUAAUUAUAAGUUAAAUGAUCUAUGUCCUAAAUCUUAUGGCAAUAUCUUCAGAUUUGUAAAAGUCUUUAAAAAAUUUUAAAAGCCAGAGGUUUUAUGAGUUAAAAAAACAACCAAUAAAUUAUUUUUUUAAAACCUGUUUUGUGACUUCUUCACAAUACCAAAGAAGGUGACAAAAAUCCCCAUUAGAAGCCAAACAAAAAUUAUUUUUCACCCUCACCUCACCUAAGGCAGCAGUCAUUGGAUAAAAAAUGGAAUAAAGUUCAUCAAAUUUUUUACCAAUGCUGUAAAAUUAUCCAAGUCAUCUCUAGUUCAUCACAGCACCUGACCCAGGGCAGUGUGCAAUAUUUUAUGACAUAAAAAGUGAUUUUUUCCAAGUACCGUUGUCAAAUUUAUUCUGUAUGUUUACAGUUAACACAAUAAAAAACAAUUUUGUUUUGGCUUUUUCUGGUUAAAAAUUAUAUUCAAUUUUUAUUUGUUAAAAUAAGCAACACAUUAUCAUUUUUUUAAAAACAAAAGUUACCAAUUAUUUACACCAUGGUGGAUAAUUUCAUAAAGUAAUAACAAAAAAAAAAGAGUAUUUUUAAAUAUUUAAGCAUAUAUAAGUAUCAUAUGGUAAUUCUUUUUCAUAUCAACUAUUUUACUCCUUAGUUUCAUUUUACACAUUUAAUACCUAAAAUUUUGUUUUCUCUCAAUAAGGAUGGAAACAUUUCUUUAUUUUCACAUUUCUAGCUCAUUGACAAAACUGGGCCAUACAUUUGUAUUGUGAAGACACACAUUGAUAUACUUGAGGAUUUCAGUGAAGAUUUUAUUGAAAAAUUGUCACAGCUGGCAUCUAAACAUGAAUUCCUUAUAUUUGAAGACAGGUGAGUUUUGUGAAUUUGAACAAGGAUUGUUGGGAUUCCUUAGGGUAUAAAAAUAAUUUUUUCCAGUGUUGUAUCUAUGAAUUGUAGGGAAAUAUCUAUUUCACUCAUCCAGGGAUAAUAGAAUGAAGUAAUUAGAAAAUUAAAAAAAGAUUAAUUCAAAUUUCUUCCCAUAUGGGUACUGAUAGGAUAAUAUUUAAUGCUCUUCCAACUCCUUCCUGACCUUCAUCCUGAAGUAAGAGUGAUCACAAAAAGUAUCAUUUCAAAUUUAACUUUAGCUGGGCUAUCUCCCUUUGUCAAAUGGACAAGCUGGGUAGGUGGAUUCAAAGCACACACCCCACUCUUUUUUUGGUCAAAAUUACUCUAGAACUAUUUUGAGAUAUUUUUGACCUAACUGAACCUCAUUGACAAUUACAUUGUUUGAUUGCAUUUGAGAUAUACAAUUUCAAAUUAGCUGUGUUGUUAGUUUUUGUUACAUACAAUUGGAAGGUAAGGAAAUAUACUUUUCUGUUUCCAGAUUUCAAACUCAACUCAUUCUAAAUUUCCCAUAUUUAAUCAUGGAUGAAACACAUGUGAAUGUGUAUUCUAUUUAUAUAAGUAUUUUUUUAUUCCAUUUAUUUUAUAGAAAGUUCUGUCACUGAAUGACUCUUAUGUUUUUCAGAAAAUUUGCAGACAUAGGUAACACUGUGGUCCAUCAGUUCAGUGGAGGUGUUUACCAUAUCAGCAACUGGGCUCAUAUUAUCAAUGCUCAUACAGUGCCAGGUGCUGGAGUGAUACAAGGAUUAAAGAUGGUCAGUUGCAUGCUAAUUAUGUUUGUUGUUGGGGAAAUCUAUGGCUAAUGGGUAAUUUUUCAAGUUGAAAAUGUAAAAUGAAGGGGUUAAGCUUUGAUAACCAAACCAAUUUUUUGAAAAUCAAUAAAAUAAUUGCCACAAAAAUGUACAUUUUACUAUUUGUCUCCACUUUUGAACAGCCUGUGGUGCAUAGUCUAAAAUGAGUUUAGAAAUGCAACAUUAAAUAGUUCAUUAUUUUUAGAAUUUAAAAAAAUAUAUUAAAAAAAAAAAAGCUGAGAAACAUUUUUACUGCCUUAGGUGAAAACUCAGAAUGGUUGUGGGUGUCUUCUGAUAGCUGAGAUGAGCUCUGCUGGUAACUUGGCAACAGGAGACUAUACCCAAGGUAAAUUAUUCUCUAAUCAUUAUUUAUCACCACAUUUUGAAAUCCAACUUUUUAAUCAUGUCUUUUCAUUACUUAAGUAUUUCAUACAUUUAAUUUUUUUUUUAAAUUAUAUUUUUUAAAACAAAAUUUAAAUGUUCUUUUAGCCACUGUGAAAAUGGCAGAAGAAAACAAAGAUUUUGUGAUUGGAUUCAUUUCUGUAUCUAACUUAUCACCUGAUCCAGAAUUGGUGCACAUGACACCAGGUAAAGUUUUAUUAAAAUAAAAGAUAUGCCAUAAUUAACAUGUGUUAGCAAAACAUACCCAAAAAUAUAAUAUUAUACACCUUCAAACAAAUGACCUUCAAAAUAUUUUUGUAAAUCAUUUGAUACAUUUUUUGUUUUGGGAGGCAAUAAUUUGGUAAGCAUGACAGUUAAAAUACUGUGGCACAAAACUUGAAAUAUGAAUGCCAAGUUCAAGAACUAAAUGUGUAAAUUGCCCUUAUGUUAGCUGUCAAUAUUAUUAACUUAGAUUUAAAAAGUUAAGAGUCACUUUGACAUAAUUACUAGCCCCUGAACACAUUGGAAUGCCAGGAGCACUUGUUGUUGCAAUGUAGGUAUGAGCUUUUUGUCUCAUAAAUGAGGUGUAUGGAUGGGUAGUUUCCUUUCUUUUACUUAUCAUUUUAAGUAAGUAAUAUUAUUAAUUCCUUAGGAGUCCAGCUGGAGUGUGGACGAGAUGAUCUGGGUCAGCAAUAUCUGACGCCAUCUGAAGUCAUCACACGUCGAGGUUCAGACGUCAUAAUUGUUGGUCGUGGCAUAUACCAAGCUCCCGACCCAGCAGAGGCAGCUCGACAGUUUCAAGUGGCUGGUUAUGAUGCAUUUGUUGCAAGGCUAACAGAAGCAGUCAUUUCAUAG